AUGGACCUCCUUACCAUCGGCAUCCUCUUUGUCCUAUGUCAAGUUGCCCUCGCGUUCGACUGCUCCAACCUCUCGCUCAGUGGUCAAACGUAUAACCUCACCCACGCCGAUUUUAAAGCCAUCAUCCCCCAAGAUCCAGUGUUUGAGUUUGCAACCGUGACAAAAACGAUAAUAGGGAACGCCUGCCGACCACUUGCUUCCCUUCCGAACAAAGCAACUGAAAAGUACUGCGGUGGAGACCCAAAAGCAUGGUUCUGCCAGACGAAGGAAGUACAAGGGAAAGGCACAGACGACUCGCCGCAAUGCCCAAAAGCCAUUUUGGCCGGGGUGAAACCCCUAGCAAGCGCUGCUCCGCCCGUGGUCCAACAGAUUCAGGGCGGGGUGCAGCUCAUAUUCAAGCGAAACAAUACCGAUGCCGUGAACAUCUCCUUCCUGUGUCAUGACCGGACGCAGGACCUAACAGCAACAAAACGGAAUGGGGUUAUUGAGAUCGAGUGGCAGACACCGCAGGGAUGCCCAAAGGCGGCCAAAGGACCCGACCAGCCGAUUGGGAAUCCCGGAGGUGAGGAUCGCAAGAUGAGUGGAUUCGGCACGUUCGUCCUCCUUUCGUUUGUGGCGAGCACCGCUUACUUGAUCAUCGGGGGAGCGUACAAUUAUACUGUCUUCCGGAUACGCCACUUUCCGGAUAUGCUUCCACACUGGAAGUUCUGGUCCGCGGUCAUCCGCAACGGAGGGGAGUUGAUCGGAACAUUAUGGGAGAGAAUAAGACACCGAGGCGGGCGGGACUAUGUACAAAUCUAG